AUGGACACUGCUGGAUUUGGACCUUCAAUCGUGAUUGGUUCCUGUAAUCCGAUAUUGAAAGACGAUCCAAAAGUGAUAGAGAUGGCGGAGUAUGCAGUAAAAGAACAGGGAGAAGAUCAUUUGAUACUGAAUAGUGUAGCAGAUGGACAGAUCGUUACGGUGUUCUUGGGUGGCAACACUUAUUAUAACCUUCUCAUACUUGCUCAUCAUCCUCGCACAUUUCAGGGGUUUUAUAGCGCCAUUGUGUUGGAAAAUACAUCCAAAAAUGUGAAGGAGGUCGUAUCUUUUUUUCGUCUUCCUUGA